AUCUGAAGAAGCAGAAGGGAGAACAGAACGUGCAACCAUGCCAAAGACAUUUGCCAAGGUGCACAAGCACAUUUCCAAAAAACGAGGCGCAGUUGACGCCUUGCACGAAUUUAGCAGAGAUGCCAGGAGAUUGCGCCGUGCGAAUCACAGAGAUGACCGAGUUGCUAAAGCAUCUGUAACCACAUCGAGGGGAAGACAAUCAUACAUCGAUCGCAUUGCCUAUUUCCAGGAAACUAUCCCAGAUGAUGCGCAGCCAUUCUCCGACGAAGAGAUAAUGCAAACAAUAACCAACUACAUCAACCGCAGUAACCCUGAGAUUGAACAACUAAAAAGCGAACGCCGAAAAGGACGCCCUCCCAGCAAACGAGAGGAAGUUUUGCUACAAAGAAUGGAUGCUGAAAGUAAAGAAUAUAAAACUGGAUUCUGGAUGCCCGACUUCAGUCAACCCGAGGUGCUACGGGCUUUGGCUAUUUGGAAUGGAGAUUGGUCUGGUCUAAGUAUGAUGAAGUUCAUUCGAUUCACGAAAGAAAGCGGGAAACAAGCAUCCAGCUUUCCUCCCAAGGGACUCUCAUGAGCAUGAUAUAUUGAUUUCUCUUCUUAUUUGGACGGACCAUUUUGCACCUACAUACUGUGUUUACUUUACGUGAGUUCGGGCGAUGACGGCGUAUAUGACUGCAUUAUGAAUUUUCC